AUGAGCCCCAGAAGCCUUGCAGCGCUCGGUGCUCGGGCGCCGGCGGCGAAAGGAAUCAUUGGCAAUGGUUCCUUCACCACCGACUGGACCGGCUUCCAGUUCCAAGCCAACUCGACCAACGCAGUCAUCAACGAACUACGAUUCGCCUCCUCCAAGACGAUACGGCAGUCGACCAUUAUCCUCGCCAGCUUCAAUGCCGUGGUAGGGCUCGUGCUUGCCGUGGGCAUCUUCUUGGACUGCUAUUGGGCUGCAAAGAGGGCCGAUCCCCAGAUGAGGUUCAGAAAAUCAAUGUAUACGAUAAUUGGGCCCAUGAAUAUCUUUCCAUUCAUCUUGGCGAUUGGAAUCAUUGUUCAAGGGACCAUUACCGCUGUUGAACAGGCCAAGGGCAUGCAAGGGCUGUUGAUCCUUGGCUGCCUCCCCAUUUCACAAGUUAUGCUGCCUACCAUCUUUAUUGUGCCAUAUAUACAAUUCGUCUUUGGCAUGGAGACUACCGUGCGUGCCUUUCGGCGACGGGCCUUUGACGGCUUCGGCAGAUGGACUGUCUCGGUCUGCGUAGCCCUCGUCGUCGUUGCUCUCGCCGCCACAUAUGCAGUCACCCGUGUGGUUCAGCCGCCCAACUUUUGCUUUGCCUCGCUCUUCUGGUUUGUGCAAAGAUAUCGGGUCGAGUGCUUCGGCCUGUUUACCGCCAUAUCCGGCAGUCUGCUGCUCGGCAGUCUGAUCACAUUUGUCAGACUGUAUAGAAGCUCGACAGGCAGCGUCAUUGAGCGAAUCGCGGCCUCACGCAUGGUGUACUACAUGGCCAUCGGUGCCAUUACAAAUAGCAUUGUGGUGCCAUUCUUUGCAAGUCUUACGAUACGCAACGACAUGGAAGUGUCGCAACUGCGUGGCAAUCUCUCCAUGGCUGCCAUGGUGGCUACAAAUCUAACAGGCCUGACCAACGGCGGCCUUUACGUCUUUUUGCGGGCCUGCCAGAGCAGCAACAUCGGUCGCAGGGGAUACCUUGAGAUGCUGGACCGCGAGAAGCGGAGACAGCUGUCUCGGAAGCAACUAAUACGCAAGUCUCCCAUGACGGAGACGUACGCAAACCAGAUCGAGCAGCCCGUCUCCCCGCCUCCACGCGUAUACCGGGCCUUUUCGCCCGGCGAUGAAGACGCCGAGAGCUUGAUCGCCGAGAGCCAAAUCGGCCUGGCCAAGACGUCCAGCGAGACCGCAUCGCAGCGAAACUAUGCUAAUGGCUCGCCGCGCAAGGUCGCCCACGUCCGCAAGGCGUCGUACAGCGUGUUCCCGCAGCAGCAGUCGGCGCCGGCGCUCAACCCCAAGCCGCUGUCCAUCCUGCCUGCCGCCACGUACACGCCGCCGACGCUGCUCCAGCGCGGCCCGAGCGCCGAGGUCAACGACGAGGACAUCCAGGCAAUGGAGAUUGACAUCAUGCGGCGCGACAUAUCCAGCCUGCUGCCGCCGCCGCGGCUCGUCCCCGGCGCCUUCGUGCCGGGCCACCAGCGGGACUCGUCCAUGGCGUCUUCGGCCACGGUGCAGAUCGGCCUGCGGCUGUCCAACGUCAACGACAUGCCGCGCGUCGGCCCGCCCUCGUUCCUGCAAGAGCGGCUGCCCACGCCGCGGCCGACGUCGUCCGUCUACCCCAAGUCCAUGAUCGUCCCUGCGGCGAGGCCAACGUUGCAGCAGGAGGAAGAGGAAGCGGUGUCCCCGCGCGGUUCGGUGCUGAUUGGCAGCACCGUCUGGCUCGACCCGACCAAGGAGCUGCCGCCGGCGCCGCUGCAGCCUGUCAAGAAAGACAAGGGCAAGGGCAAGGAGCGCGAGAGCCAGAUGCUGCUCAGCCCGCUGGCGUACAGCCCGGACGGCCCGGGGAACAGCGUGACGAUGGCGAGUCCGUCGGACAAGGACGCGCGGCUGUCCCCGGCGACGGAGAAGCGGCCGUCUGAAUGGAUUUGA